AUGAGUGUCUGGAACCCUCUGAGACUGCGGGACCUGGCAGGAAUGAACCUGCUGAAGGAUGAGGCUUCGGCCAUCACUGCUCUGGAGUAUCUGCCCACGGAGCUCUUCCCCCCACUGUUCAUGGAGGCCUUCUAUGGGAGUCACAGGGAGACCCUGAAGGCCAUGGUGCAAGCCUGGCCCUUUGUCCGCCUGCCUCUGGGAGGCCUGAUGGGAGGCCUGAUGCAGAUGUCUCACGUGGGAACCUUACAAGCCAUGCUGGAUGGGCUGGAUGUCCUGCUUGCCCAGAAGGUUCGCCCCAGGAGGUGCAAUCUGCGGGUCCUAGAUUUCAGGAAUACUAGCCAGGACUUCUGGAGUAUGUGGUCUGGAGAAAAGGCUCAUAACUCCUCGAGCUCUCUGAUAACACCACUGAAUGAAGACCGUUCAAGGACAGAGCAUCCUUUGUCUCCCUUGGAGGUGUUCAUAGAACUCUACCUCAAUGAAAGAAUCAUGAGUGGUCCUUUCCUCACCUACCUGAUGAGUUGGAUAGAGGAGAGAAAAGGUUUGGUACACCUGUGCUGUAAGAAACUGAGUAUUAUUUCAAUGCCUAUGGAAAAUAUUAUGACGGUCCUGGCUCAGGUGCAGCUGGACUGUAUCCAGGAGUUGGAAGUGAAUUGCACCUGGCAGCUGUCCACCCUGGCCACGUUUGCUGCUCUCCUGGGCCAGAUGAGCAAUGUGCAGAAGCUCUAUGUCUCCCCCAUCCACGUGUCUGCACUUGAGGAACAGGAGCAAGAGCAUGUUGUCCAAUUUACCUCUCAGUUCCUCAGGCUGCAGCACCUCCGGGAUCUCCAUCUGGAAUCUCCCUCCUUCCUUGAAGGCUGCCUGGACCAGAUGCUCAGGUGCCUAAUGAGACCCUUGGAGAACCUGGCAAUAACCAACUGCCUGCUUACAGAAUCAGACGUGACCCACCUGUCCCAGUGCCCCAGCAUCAGUCAGCUAAAGGGCCUGGAUCUGAGUGGCAUCACCCUGACCAACUUCAGUCCUGACGUCCUGCAAGGUCUGCUGGAGAAAGUGGCAUCCACCCUGCAGGAACUGGACCUAGAGCUCUGUGGGAUCACGGACUCCCAACUGGAGGCCAUCCUGCCUGCCCUGAGCCACUGCUCAGAGCUCACCUCCUUCAGCGUGAGGGGGAACCUCCUCUCCCUGGCCAUCGUGCAGAAGGUGCUGGGCUGCACCACAGGACUGCCCGGUUUAUGCCAAGAGUUCUACCCUCCCCCUCGGGAGAGUUUCAGCUCUCAGGGUACCCUUCUUCCAGGGAGACUCGCCCAGGUUCGGGCUGAGCUCUAUGAGAGUCUGAGAGCCUUAGGACGACCCAGGACCAUCUGGAUUAGCUACAGCCCCUGUCCUCACUGUGGGGAUGACACAGUCAAUCAUGCAGAGCGCAUUGUGUACAGCUGA